AGUUAAAAAUUGUCUUUUUCCAGCAGCCUGCAACUCCACUUUGUUUCAUCACUGCACUCUCUGUUGUGCAGUGAGUGGAAGCACAUAACUUGGUUUAGGUAUUCUUUUUUCCAAUUUUAAAAUGUUUUAAAAUGUGUUAUUGUUUCCUGUAAAAAAACAUCGAAAAAAACCAACGCUCAUUAAAUAUGGAGGACUAUACUGGCAAAGCAAUUUUAAAGGCCGUCUACCCUUGUUUGAUACUUAUUACUUCAAUUGCGGGCAACGUAGACAUCCGCUCCAGCGCUCAACCGAUCGCUGAUGAUGUUUCCCUGAUUGUGGAUUCCCAUUUUCGUCCGGGCUCAGCAUAUUCAUUCUUUCCGUCAAAGAAUUCUAAUGAACUCCGGCAGGGUAAUUGGAGAUCUGACGAGCCGUUUGACAUACUUACACCAAUUAAUGAGCAGUCUCAAAAUGAUGACAUCCAAAACACUCAAAGACUCGAGGAUAUUAUCGACUUAAAAGUUCCAUCACCUCUCGAAGUCAUUCCGCGUCAGAGUCCCUUUCGACAUAGAUUUAGGAAAAAUCAUGGCGACUCGAAAUCCAGUCUCCAAGUGAAUGAAUAUAUAGUCCCCGAUGAUCAGCCACCAGAACUUCAGCAGCCCAGCUGGAAUUCUGACCUCUCAAAAAAUCCGUCUAUGGACUCGAUUUUAACACCUUCCGGUCCGAAAAUGGACCUGCAUCUCCCGGGAAACCAGGAGAUCAACAGUGCCCAAUACGAUUUUCCUACAUAUUAUUUUUUCAAUCGAAUCGAUGAUAACAUUCCGGUUCUCACUCGGAAGGCUAGGAAUGUGAGCUCUGAGCCAGAGAUCACCCUGAAUCAGGAAACGAAAAAUGAAAGCAAUUCUGAAACCAGUUUAAGCCUUGAAAAAAGCGCCAGUCCAUCCAGAAAUGAAACAGAGGCUCAAAUUGCGCUGGAUCUCUUGCAAGAAGGGGAGAAAAGAUUGAAUAGUUCAAGCUACCCGUCUGAGGCAGUAUUGAUACUGGGCAACACGGGAUCCGGUAAAAGCACGUUGACCCAAUUCAUGACGGGGGAUGGGGAAAAUUUAAUAUCGUUUGAAGAUGUAUCAGGUUCUGGCGAUUUCAUCAUUAAUGAUACCUUGGGUCGAAUCAGUAAUUCCUCGACGAUUACCUCUUGGACUGUAUACCCCGAAUCGAUGGUGGACAUAAUGUCUAACACCACAUUUUACGACUGUCCAGGUUUUAGCGACACGAGAGGCGUAGCUCAUGACAUCACGACAACUUAUUUCACCAAAGAAUUACUGAAACGUUUAGAUAAAGUCAAAUUGAUUUUCACGAUUAAUCAUUCUUCGGUCAGAAUCGGUGUGGACAGGCAGGAUUUCAUGACGUUUGCGGAGCAUGUCACAUCAGUUGUCAAAGACGUAGAAAAGUAUAAUGAUAGCAUUGCCUUGAUUGUGACGAAAGUUGAGAAUCAGUACAGGAAAGGAGUGCUCGUGCCUGACGAGAAAGUCGUAGAAUCUGUCGCGGGCUUUUUAAAAAUCGUCAAGGCUGAAUUGCACCGCAAAAUGCAAAACAACGACACUUUCACCGAAAUGAAACCUAAAACAAUACCCAUCUUGAAAUUCAUCGAUGUUCUACUGCAACAGAAAGAGCGAUCUUACCCUAAGAUUGGUAUUUUUAGAAGACCUGACGAAGCAGGUCCUCUCGCCAGGGUCAAUUCGCUGCUAAACAGUAAGAAGGUAAUCGAAAAAGUUAUUUAUCUCAACACCGACUACGCCGCUUGCAAUGAAAGCGAUUUUGGUCAAAGCAUUUCUUGCAAAUCCAAGAACAGUCUGCAUAUUUUGGUGAAAAAAAUAAAAGAGCGCAUUUCAUCAGAUGUUGAAAAACUUCAGGAGGAAAUAGUGAAACACUUUUCGUCGAUACAGGAACAAUUAAACGAUUUUCAAUAUUUACACGAGCUGUUUCAACGGGCGUACAGUACAUUUGCUUUUACGCAUGAAAACGCCACUUCACCGAUGGGUUUUGUCCAUCAGGUGUCCCGCAACCUCCAGGAUUUGAAUGUUAGCCAUUCGGAUGCACAUUUAACAAGUAUAUUGAAGUAUGACGAUUACUUAAAGUUUUGCUCCUCUUACGGCGCGCCCCUUGGCAACUCUUCCGACUGGAUUUACAAAUUCAAGCCUGCUGUCAAAAACUUAAACGACACAGAGAGUUAUUACCAAUUUUUGGUGCAGCUCAGCGACGUUUUGUUCAGCUACGAUGUGCAGAAAGAUAGUUCUGGUUUCUUUAAUUUUGUUAGUGCAUAUUUUAAACGAUCAAAUACCUCAGAUAAUCUGGAAAAGAGAGUGGUAUUGCGGAGUUUAAUUAGCGUACUACAAAAUUUUAAGAUGAAUUAUGAGAAUAAUGUCGAAAUUUCUGAGAGUCAAAUCAACAAUAUCGAUCAGAUGGAUAUUGAUCCGGUGAAAUUUCAGAAGCUCGAGUCACUGAUGGAAUUUGCCUUGAAACCGAACGUGAGAGUGUUUUGCGAUAAGAGCAACAACAAAUUAACAGCGAAAGGCCACAUUGUUAGACUCGCCGAUGUGUCGAGCGGUCUGAGUGUGUGCAAAGUACUUUUCAUUGAAAUUUUCGCCUUGGAGAAGGUAAUCUUCGACGUGGAUUUAAAUCUGAGCGGUAGCGAAGCGCAAGUUUCCGUGAUCGCGCCCAUCUGGGAAACUGUGGAUGCCCGACUCUUGAAUUUGGAUGGUGCCGAGGGGAAAUUCGAGGAGCCACGACCCAACUUCCAACCGGGUUGGACAAGGGAUGGCAACUGGUCUUUGUGGGGAGCUACUCAAGAAAUAUCGAUUGAAUCCAAGAGAGAAUUACGGAAACCUGGAUCCGCUGGGGACCCUGGACCGCCUGGAAGUCCUGCUGGGAGCUUUUUCGGCAUCGGGAAAAAAUUUAAGAACGGUCAGUUCCUGACUAUCUCGUCUGUCGGCGGUAGAGGUGGCCCAGGACAAGAAGGUUUGGCUGGAAACUCUGGGAUAGACGGGAAGAUGCCAGGCUUGAGGGAAGGAGAUAAAUCAACAAAGGAUCGAAGCUGUUAUGCUUCUCACAGCUAUUCUUGGGAGGGAAAAAGACAAAUUUGCACAGUCCAUGGACUUGAAUGUCGUGAUGGAGACAGUGGCACUGAUGGAGGGGCAGGAGGCAAAGGCGGUAAAGCUGGGCAAAUUCGACUGAUCGGCACGAGUCAAAGCGAUGCGAUCCAACAAAAAGUUACGGACGGACAGAAAGGAAGGGAUGGAGCCGGGGGCGAGGGUGGCAGAGGAGGAGCGCCAGCAGACAUCAUUACGUUUACGUCAUUUUGUGCACACAAUUAUAAUUCUGAAUGUCCGUCUAUCUAUCAAAGAUAUGAUAUACGUUCUCAAGUGACGAGUUCACACACGUGUGAUGCGGGCAGUUCUGGGAUAGCGGGUAAAAAUCAAGACGGAAUACAAGAGCCGCGAGAGAGCAGAAAACUGCAAGGUAUUCCAGGUAUUAUUCAUAAUUUCAAGGAGUUCGCUCGAGGGAAUUCACAUGGCAGUGUGAGGCAAACUCAAGUCCAAACGUUCCUCGAUGAAUACCUGGGAAAAUUCGACCCAGACGAAAUGGUGGUCAUUGCGGAUGACACCACAUUUGCAAAUAUCUCCUGAUGUGUAAAAGUUUCUAGAUUUUGGGCCCGAUGGGUACGGCAAAGCAGAUGCAUAAUGGAUGGAAUGCCUAACUCUUAAAUAUUGUCAUUCUUUCUUUAAGCUCAAUAAUUUAUCCGAAAUGAGUGAGUUUACACAGUGUGCAACACAAGAUUGAAUUUAAAGUUGAAUUUCUUUUUCUCGGGCUGCAUUUUGUUUGAUGAUAUUACCUUUCUCCCGAUCACUUGUUAUCAGAUUUUAGGCGAUAGCUAUUUCGACACGUAUAUAUACGUAACAUCGAAAUAGCUAUCGCCCAAAAUAUGAUAACAAGUGACCGGGAGACAGGUAAUAUCAUCAAACAAGAUUGAAUAUUUGAAGGGUCCAAUGACAUUUUUGAAAACCCCGAGUUCAGGGUUUCUUUGGCAUUCUUCUUUUACUUAGUUUAACAAAGUAGGGACUACGCAAAACUCAAAGCAAGCAAACGGUUGAGAGUUUAUUUUUUAGUUCUUUUUAGUGCACAAAUCUGACGAGCUGAUGUAGCUGUUGCUUGUCUCCGUCUCAGGUGCCUUAUCAACAGGUUUUUUUUUUUUUUUUUUUUCCUGCGGAUUUUCCUCAUUUGUUUUAUAUAAUAUACAGAAAUUUCAGACAAACAUUUUGUUGUGUUGUCCUGCAAAAAUAAUACACAUUUUUCCCCUCUUUCAAACAAAAUAUUUUUAAACAUUGCAAUAAAAUUGCGUGUGAGAAUAUGUGCAAUGAAAAUUAGUGCUCUCAGGAAGAGGUGUGACCUAUUCCGAAAAAUUAAAGGCGACCUUCGCGUAAACGAAAUUCAUACGAAUUGGAUCGCACAUCUCAUCUUCCAUUGGUUGACUCAAAAAAUGGAUUGUAAUAAAUGUAUGUUAUCCAAACAAAUUUCUAUUCACUCUCCCUGGGUAUAUUUAUUUGUACGUCCGGUAUAAUUGGAGGCAAACCCCAAGCCACUUUCCGUUCCACAUAUCAUACACUUAUAGGUUCGAUCAAAACAAGGAGCGAGAUGAUUGUUUAUUUUUCGUGCUACUCGGUAAUUUUGUUACUCAAACGCCUAAAUUAAAGAAUUAAGACGAGCAUCAAGUGGAAAAUAUUUAGGAAAUUAGAUUUUCAAAUCAUUUAUUGGUUCAAUCAAAGCGCGAGGCGAGAUAAAUAUGUAUGUUGCAGAUAGAUAACUUUUCGUGUUGGUUUCUUGCCUACCCAGAUGAAUUGAAGGCGAUCAUCAAGUUAACCAUCCAAGUGACUUUCCUAACUCUAGAUAAAUCAAGAGUGCUCCAGAAAUACUACAGCUACCGACCCUCUUCUUCACAGUUCUGUGUUUAUUAGAAAAUCUCUAAUUUUAAAGCUUGUUUUAUCUGUAAUACUCAUAUCAAUUAUGUUUUUAUGUUUUUCCAUCUUAUAAUCCUGGACCAAUAUAAGUAAGCAUCUUUUUUUA